CAAACGACUCAUUAAAAACUCUGUUUCAAGUUUACUUCCAUGGCACGUCUUGCUCUGUUUCUGUCUUUUCUCCCUCUAUUAGCUUUGAUCUCUGGAGUGAACUGUCGUGUUCUAAGUUCUACGUCUGAGGAUAAUAACUCGAUCUUGGUCUCCGAUGGAAUCCAAGACGGAUCCAGCAACGAGUUCCUCAGUCUUGAUCCACCAAAUCUCACUUCCGAGAAUGCUUGUGUUCAUGUCUACGGGUUUCUGCCUUGUGCAGACAAUAUUGAAGGCUAUGUCUUCCAAGUUUUCUCCUUUGGUUGUCUACUGAUCAUCGGUGAAUACUUUUUGUCUAAAGGAAGGUCUAAGCUCUUUGUCAUCUUCGAAGUCGGUUUCUUUGGUGGUAUCAUCUUCCCUCUCCUUGUAAUGUUCCCAAGAAUCGCCCUUAUACUCUCGACUGGACUAAUGGGAAGCCGCGAAAUGGCAAACUCGAUGGUGGGUAAUAACGUUGCAGUUACUGUGGGAUACUCUGUCUUUGCUUUGACAGUACAGUGGGGAGCUUGUGUUGUCUUUGGCUUACCUGGUUUGAGCUCAGAUCAGUCCAUAGGAAAUGGAGAAGUCCAGAGUAUAGCUUCUGGCACAAAGAGUCCAAGACGAAAUGGUAUCAGGAACAAUCUUAUUAAGAAACUUGUUGGAGCUAGCGUAAGGGCAGAUCCUAAGAACAAGAAAGCGGCUGGGAUUAUGCUUUUGACUUUAUUUCCCUUCGUCUUGGUCACCUUUUCAGAGACAUUUGACUCAAAAUCUUGGGAUGACUCUAUCGUUUUGAUCACUCUCUUGUUCUCUGGUUCUGCAACUGUUCUUUUCUUUGUUUAUUUGUAUUUUGAUAAAGCGGACCAAGUGAAGAGCUUAGAUCACGCGAGGUUUGAGCUCAUGUCAGAAGUUCAUAAGCACUUACAGAAUUUUGCUCCUCAAAGCCUUAUAAAAGAUAAACAACUAAGUAAAGAGAGCUUGAAAAGUUUGUUUGAAAAAAUCGAUGUCAACAAAGACGGAAAGAUUCAAGUUUCAGAGCUAAAAGAUCUGACGGUGGAGUUUGGGGUGUUGGGCAGAAUGAAGUGUGACAUACAUGAGCUUGCCACUACAUUGCUUGCUGAUUUCGACAGUGAUAAAGAUGGUGAGAUAGAUGAGACUGAAUUCGAGAAAGGGAUCGAAAAAUGGCUGAGACAGUACAAAUUUACAGUCGAUAGCACCGAUUCACAAAAAGAGUACCAAGCUGAGGAUGAGGCGGUAUUGAAGAUGGUACAAACAAAUGAAUGUCUUUUUACUAAGUUACUGACAAAGAGAACAUUCAAAGCUGUCAUUGAAGUCAUUAUAGGGAUUCUAAUUGUCAGCUUUCUAGCAAUGCCUUUCAUGAUGAAUAUCGAACUUUUGUCGGUAUCAGCUGGAGUUCCUUCCUUCUAUGUUGUCUUUGCAGUGAUCCCUUUGGCAAGAAACCUAAAGAACGCUUUGUCUGCUCACUUCUGUCGCAAGAAAGACCAAGCGAGAAUCACAUCCGAUAUAUUCUCUGAGAUAUACAGAGAUGUUACAUUAAACAAUCUGCUGGGGAUUACAAUUAUUUUGGCGAUUGUGUACUUGAGAGGAUUGACUUGGGAUUACUCAACAGAAGUUCUCAUUAUUGUGAUUGUUGGCCUCCUAAUAGGGGUACCAGCUUAUGUGAGAUCAACUUAUCCAUUUUGGAUAUGUGUCUUGGCUUUUGCUCUCUAUUUCUUCUCCCUUGUCCUUAUCUAUCUCCAGUCAAAUCUCUAGACAAGAACGAAACUUUCACCUUCAAUGAAUGAGCAGUGAACCUUUCCAAGAGUUCUUCUCUCACGAUUUCAUAGUUUUCCCAUUUCACAGUCUUUUUUCUCUCUCAUGCUGUUUUGUCUGCGUUGUAUGUUUACAAGCUGUUUGGCGUUAAUUGAGAGAUAUAUAAAGUG